AUGGAACCAGGCAGCAGCCACAAGAGCCAAGCCCGGCAGUACUUGGAAAAACAUCGGAUCCCAGAGCUGCUGAACUAUCUCACCAGCGUCCUUCUCUUUUUCCGGCCUGAAAAACCAAGAGAAUAUUUAAUAUCUCUAUUGGAACGUCUGAGAAUUGCCAAAAUAACAGGUGUAGCCUUGCCUUUGUUUAUGGAUAACUCUAACAUCGUAGCUAUGUUUAAGAUGAUGGACCCUUCCAAAAGAGGCAUCAUAUCAUUUGUGCAAUAUAAAGAAGCUCUUCAAAUGCUGGGUCUUUGUACUGUAGAUGAAGAUUUAAAAGAUGAUGGACGUGGAACAAGUUUGGAUAAAUUCAGGGAUGAAGUGAACAAGAGGACUCAGGACAUAUGGUCGGCAUUUUAA